AUGUCCUGUGAAGCCGCAAAUCCUCGUUACAUUACCCUUCCGUCAUUCGACUCAGUCGAAUCACUCGAGGGUAUGUCCUCUUACCCGUAUAGUGUCGCGAGUCGCGACUUUUACCUAAAUUUGCAUUCUGAUCGCUUCCCGUCUUCCCUGGGCGACCCGGAAGAAGAAGAAGAAGAAGAAGAAGAAGAAGAAGAAGAAGAAGAAGAAGAAGAAGAAGAAGAAGAAGAAGAAGAAGCCGUUGACUCGCUUGAUAACGGACGUAUGAUUUCUCCCUUUCUUGUCAAAGUUUAA